UUAUAAUAACUAUACUUGUGAAGUUAUUGUUAAGUAUAUAGUUGGUUGCUGAGCUUCUAAUGCAUUAUUAUGCAUGUGUUUCCAAUGCUUGACUAUCCAAAUUUCCAAACACCCCUUUUCUUCUUUGCUACUCAUAAGUUGGAAAUACUUAUCAUACGAAUUACAAAGUAUUCCGUACUGAGUAUAAACUCAUCUUUAUCCUCUUUUUACUUGUAGCUCUGAGCAGCACCAAUUCUUGAUGCAUUUUCUGGACCGCCACCCCCUGGAAUCUCUUCCAGUGGCAGCUCCCCGUCUUCCUCAUUUCAAAACUCUCUGCUCUUCGGAGAUACAAAUCAUGAAAAAUAGUUAUGGUCUGGUCUACCCCAGUAUUCCAUCUCGUGCUGGCCCCAAACGCCGUAACUCCUUUAUGCGUGGGAUCACCUGCACCAGCAGCAGUAACAGCGCCUUCUUUCUCCCCAACAUACCUGGGAUUAUCGCUCUUCUGGAGGAUCUGAACCUCCUAAUUAACGGUGACCCCCAGAUGAUUCCUUCUCUGGGAAAGCACAUCCCCGUUCAGGAAGCCGGAAACCAAACUAAGGUUUUUGGAUACUAUAGUUUUCCACCUCUCAAUGAAUGGUCUGAUUUUGAGAAAUAUGCUCUUUGCUCCCCAGGUCUGCAGUAUCCCUGUGAAGCUGACAAGAGUCUGAACAAGUCAUUUGCUGAUAGCUAUCAUAACUUCGACUUUCCCACCACUCAUGCUAACGAUAAUCUUCGUCCUAUAGCCAACUUUUUGCACAUGAAUAAUUCCAUGGCUUGGUUUCAUCAAGUCAAGGCUGUUGCUGCAACCGUGGCAAAAUACUUCACUGGUUCAGGGACUCUGGCCGACUGCACCCCCCAUGGAGUAAAUGCCAACCAGUAUGUCUGUGUUAUGCAGCCCCCUGCUACCAAGAUGAUCACCCCUUGCCACUCAGCUGAUAAGAGAGCCCUCUUUCCCUUUGCUCUCCGCCUCACCACUACAGUCACCAACCCAAAUCCACACACUGAGGCCUUGGUUGCUCUGGCUCAAACGCAUAUCCAGAUGUUCAAUGGCCAUCCCUACCUUAGUCAGUUUGGACACCCUGUCGGGUCAGGUCCGUUCUGGGCAUUUCGCCCUAUAGCAAAAUCAGAGGUUGAUGACUCUUCUUACCUUUCUCUCUCAAGAUGCGUCAAGAGGCUCAUGAAAUAUAAGGAAUGAUCAACCAUCUUUGAUUUUGCCUAUGUCAGUUUUUUAAUCUUUGUUCUGUAACUUCUGUUUUAGUUCAGUUGCUCAAACUUGUCUCCACAACAAAGUCUAGGUAGUGUGGUGGAUAUCACCCUAGUUUCACCAGCAAAAUUUCAGAAUUAUAUUAAGCAGUUUGAUGCUGUAAGAAUUUCCAUUCUACCAAGUAGAGUGUAUUCUUUUCAGAAAGAAAACGACUUUACUAAUCUGAUUGACCUCCAAGAGAUCAAGAACUGUUCUUGCCUAUCAAUCGACUCUAUGAAAAUUAUCAUUUCUCCAU